AUGGCAAAUAACAUUGUAGUUCUGGGCGCUGGUGUGUCUGGCUUGACCACCGCAUAUCUGCUGUCGCAAGACCCCGCCAACAAGAUUACUGUUUUGGCAAAACAUAUGCCUGGAGACUAUGAUAUUGAAUAUGCGUCCCCAUGGGCCGGUGCCAACUAUAUGCCGGUAGGUAAAGAGGGAAGUGCUCAUCAGAAAUGGGAGCGCGAUACCUGGCCAGUAUUGAAAGAAAUCGCCGACAAGUACCCAGAGGCCGGUAUUCACUUCCGAGGAAGUUUUAUUUACAACCGAAAGAAGGAUCAAGGAUCAGAGACCGGAAGGUCGUUCUCUGAAUUGGUUCAGCCAAACCCGUGGUAUAAAGAUGUCGUGCUUGAUUUCAAAAGCGUCCCCUCUGAUCAAUUACUCCCGGGAAUUAACAACGGCCAGGAGUUCACAUCUGUCUGCAUCAACACCGCCAUCUACCUGCCAUGGUUGGUCGGUCAGUGCCUCAAGAAUGGCGCCGUCUUCAAGCGAGCUGUCUUUAAGCACAUCGCCGAUGCGGCAAACGCCCAUCACACCGGACAGAAAGCCGACGUAGUGGUCAACUGCACCGGCCUAUCAUCCAAGACCCUAGGAGGUGUUCUCGACGACAAGAUGUAUCCCGCCCGCGGACAGAUUGUUGUGGUCCGCAACGAUCCCGGUCCCAUGAUGUCGACAUCCGGUACUGACGAUGGAGAAGACGAGUUGUUGUACAUUAUGACCCGCGCUGCAGGUGGUGGCACGAUCCUUGGAGGGUCGUACCAAAAGAACAACUGGGAUGCGAUCCCGGAUAUGAACCUUGCCAAUCGCAUUAUGAAGCGUUGCAUUGAGGUCUGCCCUAACCUCGUUAAGAAGGGACAGGGGAUUGAGGGGUUGGAUAUCGUUCGCCAUGGCGUUGGCCUGCGCCCGCUGAGAGAGGGCGGCACUCGUAUUGAAAAGGACAAAGUUGGCGGUGUGGCAAUCGUUCACAACUACGGCCAUGGAGGAUUUGGCUACCAGGCGUCCUUCGGCUGUUCAUACUCUGCUGUGUCUUUGGUUAAUGAGAUCCUGCAAAACAAAUCUCGCGCUAAGCUGUGA